CUAUCGCGAUACUCCAGCUGCAAACGCGGGCACUCCCAACACGUUACGUUUUCGCGGCACAGAGAGAGAGAGAUAAUGAGGGAUCUGGAGGAUUACCGGGGCGGCUCGUCGGCGUCAGCGCCGGGGCCGCGGAACGGCAGCGGCGAGGGCGCCGUGUCGUCCUCGUCGUCGUGGUGGGCGGGCGACCCGGAGGCGAAGCGCCGGCGGAGGGUGGCGGCAUACAAGGCCUACGCCGUCGAGGCCAGGCUCAAGGCGUCGCUCCGCCGCGGGUUCCGGUGGAUCAAGGACCGCUGCACCGGCGUCGUCCACCGCCGGUGACAUCCUCCCCGCGGUGCAGCCCGCGCGCGACGUGCUUGUCACAACGUCGCCCUUGCUGGCAUGGCAUGUGAUGCUUCGACCGUCUUGCCCAUCAUCUGUUCAUAAUCUUUUUGUUUUCUCCUAGUCUUUUUUUUCGUGCAAUUUGUUUCCGUGCCUGAUUAUUUUGUUCUUUCGGAUGCAAGAAACGUAUAGAACAGAGUUCAUUCAAAUAACUGUGAAGGCUUCUAUUCUACUAGUA